AUGCGUUACGUUGGCCUCGCGCUGGCGCUGCUCCGCCUGGCCUUGGCUGAGCGGUUCCUGGCCACGGUCUCCUGGGGAGAUCGGCGCCUGGCGGAGGGUGAGUUGCAGGUGACCAUCCGCCUGUCCACGGAGACGUGGCGCUUGCGGCUGCGAAAGAACUGCGGCCUGGUGGCCAGUGGUGCCCAUGUGCUGCACGGCCUGGAAGGCACCACGCUGGGGCCAGGACCGGCCGAGCAUUGCUUCUACCUGGGCGAGUUGGAAGGAGCCACUGGAGCCACCGGAGCCACUGGAGCUUUGGCUCACCUCACUGCGAGCAUCUCUACCUGCAACGGGCAGCUCUCGGGGAUGUUGAUCCAGGGCAACCGAACCUUUCUGCUGGAAGCGGAGGGCCAGGACUACUGGCUCCGCGACUUGGACCAGAGCCCCCUGCAGCUGCAGCAUGAAGUGCUGCGCUUCGCGACGGGCAGAGUGGUCCAAGGCGCGGAGACGCCAACGCGCCGCCUGGCAGCGGCGACGAAGUACAUCGAAGUGUUAGUGGUCAAUGACUUCGAACGCUACACCGCUUUUGGUGGCCAAGCCGGAUUGGCUCAGUUGGCCACUCACACGGUGUCGGUGCUCAACACGGUGACGGGCAUCUAUCGCGCAGCACCAACCAAUGGAGCGGUCUUCCCCUACACGGUGCAGGUGGUUCUGGUGGCACAGCAUACCUUCGUCACCAGCGAUCCCUGGACUGCCACCAUGGUCGGCUCUGAGGUGGCGGAAGAUUCCCUGCUGGAGGCCUUUCUCACAUGGAGUGCGGCCGAAAUGGCAGCAGGGAAGCUUCCUGAGAACGACAAUCGAUUGUUGCUCAGUGGAAGAGAUUUCGUGGCUUCCACUGUGGGCUAUGCCCCGCUGUCCUCCAUGUGUGAUGUUUCACGCUCAGGUUCCAUCAACAUGUGUGGCGCCAGCAACCAAGCGAUCGCCGAUUGCGCGGCGACAGUGGCGCAUGAGAUGGGACACAACUUUGGUAUGGCCCACGACUCUGGGAGCUGUCCGCAGUCCGGCUACGUCAUGGCGGCCGUGAGCCAGGGCCAGGCGGCGGAGCAGUUCACCAGCUGCAGCGUGGCAGAUCUCAGCAGAUUCUUCCAGGAGGUCUAUGCCAAGAACGGUGAAUGCCUGGGAAACAAACCCUCUCGGGUUUUUGGAGAUCCUGUGUGCGGCAACGGGUUUCGAGAAGACGGGGAAGAUUGCGACUGCGGUUCCAGCGACUGUUCUGUCAUCGACCCUUGUUGUGAUGGCGCAUCCUGCAAGUUCGCAGAUGCCAGCUACCACUGCAGCGAUGCGAUGAGUCCCUGCUGCUCCAGCUGUCGCAACGUCACGCAGGAGGCGCAGCGCGGGUGUCGCGCCGCGAAGAGCUCCUGCGACCGGGCGGAGCUGUGCCCCGGGGGCACCGCGGAGUGUCCCAGGGAUGAGUACUUCUAUCCUGGUGACACGUGCACCCUGACGCACAACGGCAAGAGCUAUUCUGGGCUUUGUGCCAUGGGGAGUUGUCAUUCCAUGGAAUACACCUGUGCCGUCGAUGUGACCCGAGACUUCUCAGGAACCUGGGACCUGUCAGAUCCCUGUGCGGGCUUCAAUGACGACUGCCAGACGGUGGUCUGUCACGAUGCCAGCUUUUCUUCUGCCACUGAAUGCGCGCAACGCUUCAGUGUGCAUGGCAUCCACAUGCCGGUUCCAGACGGAACACCCUGCUGGCAUCCCAGUGAGCCCAGUGGGCAAAGGACCGGCAUGUGCUUCCAGGGGCGCUGCCAGCGACCCGAAAGCUUGGCUGUGGUGGCACUCUGCGGCAAUGGUGGCAUCGACUAUGGUGAGGAGUGUGAUUGCGGCAAAUCUGCCGACCCCUGUUGCGACUGCAGCACUUGCAGCCUGUUGAACAGCAGCCGUUGCUCGGCCCUGGACGCCUGCUGCGACGCCAGCACCUGCAGCCUGAAGGCCGCGGGCGUGGCGUGCCGCGCGGCGACCUCCAGCUGCGACCGGCCGGAGCGGUGUAGCGGCAAUUCACCACUCUGCCCGGUGGAUGAAGGGGAACCCUGGGGCACGCCCUGCAUGGCGACAGAUGGCACGGCCUCCACGUGUUAUGGGAAGGUUUGCUUGCCAAGUUUAGAUGAGCAAUGCAAGGACAAGACCGGUGGUCAGAAACCGGUGGCCCAACGGAAUCUCACCACCGGAGUGGCGAGGGAGUUCAGCGAGCAUGGCUGUACUGGACCAUGGUGCUGCAGCGCCUGCAAUCAGCUGGAUGGAGAAUACUCUGUCAAUGGGCUCCGCGUUCUGAACCCCGUGAUGUGCACGCAAUGUUCUUGGAGUGAAGUCUCCUCCACCUUCACCGUCAACGGUGUGAGCAAAAAGAUUUAUCUUGGUGCAGCUGUGGAUGGAACGAAGCUGGCCGAUCCAUCCAAGAUCUGCCUGCGGGUCGAAGUCAUCAGCCCCUCCAGCAGCUGUGGAGCCGACGAGUUUCUGGAGCUGUCGGUGGGGCGCUGCCUGCCCUGCGACAUGUCCUGCAGCUGUUGCUACGGCGCCACGGCCCCGGACUGCGCCUGCUGCCGCUUUGGCGUUCGCGAUGGGCGCGGGAUGUGCCCUAUGUCCUUGGAUAGCCUGCACCUUCAGAAGCACAACCGAGGUGAUCACGGGUGGGCCAAAGAUUGCGUCGAAUUGGGAGUUCACGUGGACAACGUUGGCAAUGCCUGGGUGGCUGGCCGCACGUCUAGCUCCCUGGAUGGGCACACCAACGCGGGCGGAGCUGACAUCUUCCUGAUGAAAUUCGAUGUCCGGGGCGUGCACCAGUGGACGCGCCAGCGGGAGGACACUUGGGAUGCCAAUGCCCUGGAGGCAGAUUGGGUGGACGACGUUGGCAAUGCCUGGGUGGCAGGCUCCGCGUUUGGCUCCCUGGAUGGCAACACCAACGCGGGCAGGCGGGACAUUUUCCUCAUGAAAUUCGAUGCCCAGGGCGUGCACCAGUGGACGCGCCAGCGCGGUGGGGAAGGCUUUGACUAUGCUCAGGCUCUGCAGGUGGACAAUGUUGGCCAUGCCUGGGUGGCUGGCGAAACAUCAAGCUCCCUGAAUGGCAACACCAACGCGGGCUGGUCUGACAUGUUCCUCAUGAAAUUCGAUGCCCAGGGCGUGCACCAGUGGACGCGCCAGCGUGGUGGUAAGGGCUCAGAAAGAGCUUACGCCCUUCAGGCGGACGGGGUGCGACUUCGUUUUCGAAUCUUUUCCAUGCAGGUGGACAAUGUUGGCCAUGCCUGGGUGGCUGGCGAAACAUCAAGCUCCCUGAAUGGCAACACCAACGCGGGCUGGUCUGACAUGUUCCUCAUGAAAUUCGAUGCCCAGGGCGUGCACCAGUGGACGCGCCAGCGUGGUGGUAAGGGCUCAGAAGGAGCUUACGCCCUUCAGGCGGACGGGGUGCGACUUCGUUUUCGAAUCUUUUCCAUGGAGGAAAGGCUUUAG